GUUACUAGAGUUGAUAACGGAGAGCUCCUUCCUUGGCUCUGUUACCUGUGCAAACAAACGGAAAUCCUUUCAAACUCUUGUUUAAGACGACUUAUUGUUCUGGAGAACAAUUACACAAUCCGCCAAACAUCCAAAUUCACUAAGAUAUAUUGGAGAUGGAGGCAGCGCCCGGUGGUCUCGGGCGAUGUUCGUGCGCGUUCUGGCUCGCUGUGGUUUUUGACGUUCUCGGUCUCAUCAUAUUAUUGCUGGGCGUGUUUGGCAAUUUGUUUUUCUACGAUUUUCUUAUAUAUGCAGGCGCCAUCAUCAUUUUUUUGAGUCUCAUUUGGUGGGUGUUCUGGUACACGGGUAACAUCGAGGUUGCCCCGGAGGAGCUCGAGGAUGAUGUGGGUUUGUUGAAGAAGGGCAGAGGUUUGGCAGGAGUCGUCAGGAGGUUUUCCAGUCGCCUCUCGAACGGAAUAAGGAACUCUUUAAGGAGAAAUGGAGUGACCCGAGGUCAAGGUGCAGCGCCCGGUCAGGCCAAGCCCAGAAGAGAAGGUGGUCGUCAAGUACCAGUGGUGUUAGCAAUGACCUCCCAUGAUAAUGUGACCAGUGUGUCUGCAACAGUGAGUGGAGAAACCCUCAGAGCAGAAUCACAGGCCAUAUGAUCCACCAUGUACAGGUCACAGAAGAGAAUGUUUGUGACAAGAGAAUUUUUCAAUUUCGUUUUGAAUUCUUCCUGUGAAAAUGUUAAAAAUGUUUGCCUUAGUGUUUUUUAUUGAAAACGUUUACAACUGAAUUGUAUUUUUUACAGUUUUUCUGGUUUGAUUGAUUAUGUGUUUUGUGCUACAUACCAUUUUGAGCUUAUGCACAUACAAGAAUUGCUAUAUAACAACAUAAAUAAAAUUGUGUAUUUUCCUACA